CCUUUCUUCUCCUUCCCUUUCCUCUUUCCUGAAGCCAUUUGCACUUAUGGAGCUGUCGUUGUUCUCCCUCGGCCCUACAGCCUCGCUGCGCAUUCUGCUCCUCCUGUCAACCAGCCACUCAUCAGCUGCGGCAUUUCACGGCUCACCGAGCGCCAACGUCACUGCAAGAGGCACGGCGCCAAAGGCCAGCGAAGGGCCGGUGAGAGGCUGCGAGACGGCCGGGCUGUACGGCUUCGACAUGCCUUGGAAGGUGCGUGGUGACCAGCUGCGGCAGAGCGGCCUCAUGGUUAUGGAAGAGAACUGGACAGGGGACGUCGAAUCGUCUCUCAUAAACGGGCCGUAAGGAAGAUGAGAGUCACUUUGCAAUGCUGGUUCACGGUUGGGUGGGUUGAUGCAGGUCAUGGCUGCUGGGGGUUCUGGCACCAGCAAAACGGGCUGCGCCGGGUCAGUGGAUGGAGUGAGACAGCUCGAGGUCCCGUUGUCGGUCUGUCUGUCUGUCUGUCUGGUUCUUUGCAGGCUGGUUUACACAGGGCGACUUUAUCGCCUUCUAUAACGAUGACCCAGAACAGGCAGGCAAAACACACAGGGAAAAGAAACAGCAAAUACACAGAGACAUUGUUCUCGGCUGUUCAUUUGACUCCCCCUCCUCUUGACAGAAGCCCGAGCACUUCCGUUUCCUUAAGUGUGACGAGCCAGUCGCCUCGAAGCCCACCCGCUAUCCGCCAAGCUACAUGAAGGCGUCGAAGGAGAGCGACUACCUCCUAGAGUUCGCAUCAUGGGACCCUUGCCGCAGAGAGCAGGUCAGCAGCAAGAUAAUGCGGGCAGAAAAGACCAGCGGUGUGCAUUUGUCCGCGUGUGUGCGUGUGGCAGUAUGAUUAUUGGUUGGGUAUGGAAGAGCUGUAUAGCAGUGGUCAGCUGGAGGGCCUGCCGUAUUGGGGUGUGUGCUACUGGGCGAGCGGCAGAUCGGACACCGCCAACAGAGACCUCGGUACACGCAGAGAGACCCGUUGCAGCCCGCAGGGUAAAUGUCGACGUCUCCUUUCGCUCUUCACAGGUCCCUGUCACUGCUGUGAGAUGAUCCUAUCUGCGUGUCUCGAGUGCCUCUCGUGCUUCCGUCGCCCAUCGCCGCCUAAGCAGGGCACCUUCAACACAAGAAGAGACAGCUGCAUAAGGCGGAAACACAGUAAUAUAUACACAAAGGGCCGGCAGCAGGAAAGAGAGGGCAAUGGUUUCCUUUCUUGUUUCUUGCCAGUCGAUCCUCGGACGAAGCGUCCAUUUCCCAGCGAUUGGUCGUGCCAGCUCUGUGGCGACUUCAAGCCCAACCAACCAGGUGGAAAUGUGCCUCGCAGUCGAUCAUUGCGUGUGGCCGUAUCCAAUUUUGUCCAGGCUGUUUCAGUCUGGCUGAAAAGCUGCGAGAAAAGGUGGCUGAACAAUCUUCCUUCCAAUAUUUGGUCUCAUCUCUGCGUGUCUUCAGCUUCCGCCAGCCGCCCCGUCCCUUCCAGACGAAAUGGGAUUUGUCAAAGAGAUCAGCUGCCAGCACAUGUACGUGAGGCCGAUUCCAACAUGUGAAUCCUUACAGACGGGUGACACCAAAUGAUGUCCAUGUGUGUGCUUUCUAGGAUAGAGGAGGACAGGAUCAUGUGCUCAAUCCACACAUUCAGACCCAUGCAGCUGCUCACAGUACGCCGCUCCAUCUGCAUAAACAGAUGCAGGGCCGUGGAUUGUGUGCCCGUGUCGAGUACAGGUCCAGCAGUGGCGAAACACGAGCGACGCUGGCACAAAUGAGACAUCGUCUCAUUCAUCAUUCCUCGACAGAGAGGCAUAUAAGGCAGCCAUUGACCAAGAAAGAAACAGCAAGGUUUCUCAUGUCUCGAUAUUCACUUCAGGAUUCAUCCGCGAAAAGACAGGUGUCGCAUGGCGACCUAUCGGCGUUUCAGCCAGAGGGAGUAAGCUGUCCACCAAAACAAACGGAUCAGCAUGUCUUUCCUUGUGCAGGAGGGGAAGUAUAUAACGGUUGCCACAAGGCCAGACGCGGCAAGGAAGCUCAGAUAUGAACUCAGGUAUGCAAUUUGGUGGAGAAAAAGGCGCUUUGGCAGCCCUUGUCCCUGUCUGUCUGUCUGUCUGUGUUUGCAUGUACUGUGUGUGAUAGACUGAAGUUUUCCGAGUUCCACGAGGACGAGUGCGACCCGGCGUCGUCCGACACACCCAGCCACAUUCAUCUGCGGCUAGUCUUGCAGGUAGGGAGGCCCAUCUGUUGUGGUGGUGUGUAAUGGGCUGCAUCGGUUGUGAGUCCGUGUCCGUGUGUGAUAGGAUGAGUGGGGAUGGAGUGAGAGCGCAGAGGAGACCAUACCCAUGAGCGAUGCAGCCAAGGACAAGGACAAAAAGCAGCCCUCCUUCUCUGCCAUCAACGAAGCCAUGCUCCAGUCAACAGCCGCACACAUUUAUGCGAGAAGAGAACUAUGAGCAGCGUGUUGGUGGUGUGGGCGUGAAG